GCAACAGUCCCUCUAUGUUAAAAAAAAAACAUGCUCACACACGCACGCAUAAAUCUCUUCUACCAAACCAAAACCUUCUGCAUUUACUAACCCCCUCUUCUCUACCAAAGAAAUUCCACUCCUCACAAAGCCAAAAUCUCUCGUUUUCCUAAAUAUCUGAUUUUCUGCAUUUUUCUUUUACCUAUUUUAGAACCCGUUUCAGGUGGGGUUUCAUAGUCCCUUUCAAUCUCAUUAAUACUCACCACCUCCCCCCCUCCUCUUAAUUCUAUCCAAUCCUUGUUUUCUCCACUUGUUCCAUACUUUCAUUACUCUUCUCUUACUUCCCUUUCUCCCUUUGGUUUCAGUGCCUAAUUUGUUUUCUUUUCUUUUCUCUUUUGUAUAUAUAUAUAAUCCUCCACUUUCUAACCAGCUACUACAUCACUUAAUAUCAUUCAUUAUGUUGUCAAUGGAAGAAAUAUUGUGUGAACUUAGUAGAGAUGACAUGAAUAAUGAGAAAGGUCUACCACCUGGUUUUAGGUUUCAUCCUACUGAUGAAGAGCUUAUCACUUUCUACCUUGCCUCUAAGGUUUUUAACGGCACCUUUUGUGGUAUUCAGAUUGCUGAAGUUGACCUCAACAGAUGUGAGCCCUGGGAACUUCCAGAAGUGGCAAAGAUGGGGGAGAGAGAAUGGUAUUUCUUUAGCUUAAGGGACAGAAAAUACCCAACCGGGCUAAGAACAAACCGGGCAACAGGAGCAGGUUAUUGGAAAGCUACAGGAAAAGAUAGGGAAGUGUACAGUGCAACCAAUGGAGCACUCCUUGGGAUGAAGAAAACACUGGUUUUUUACAAAGGAAGAGCACCAAAGGGUGAGAAAACCAAGUGGGUUAUGCACGAAUAUCGUCUUGACGGUGAUUUUUCUUACCGCUACUCUUCUAAGGAGGAAUGGGUGAUAUGCAGAAUACUACACAAAAUAGGGGAGAAGAAAAAUCCAAUAUACCAAGCUGCAGGACAAAACUAUGGCUACCCUACAAGCUUGAAAACAUGGCCAUCAUCAUCUUUUCUCAACACAGCAGCUCCAAAUCCCAUAUUGGCUGAAACACCAAAUCCAAAAACCACAACUACUACACAUUGGCAAGAAUCAUUCCAAAUAUCACAAAACUCAGUGCAAUCACUGCACAACCUUUAUCUAUUUCACCACCAAGAAAACGACCUUAUGAAAUCCCUCUUCAGUCCCAUUAAUGUUUCCCAAACAAACCUCUUCCCAAUAAAUAAUAGUGACCUUUCUUCUGCUGCCUCCUUUUCUACAUCCCAAAGCACCAAAAAAUACAAAGAAGACAUAAACAAAAACUCGUCAAUAUCAUCUUUCCUCUUUAGCAAUUCCUUUUGCACUUCAAAGAAAAAUGAAAAACAGCAAGUUCCACUAAUGCAGGCUAACACAACAAUGAAAACAGAAGCUAGUUUUUCACCAUAUUCUGGUUGUUACAAUGAUCAAAACCCUAUGGCUUCGACUUUUGGGAUGAAUAAUUCAUCAGAUUGGAGUUUAGUAGGCAUAGAAGGGAUGCAUUUUAAUGGUGGAUGUACUCAGUCUCAGAUGGUGUUGGAUCACAUGAAUUGUCCCAUCAAAAUCACUGCAGAAUCUUGGCCUCUCGAUCUCUAAAAAUAGAAGAGUUGUUUUUCCAUAAUUUCUAUAGUAGGAUGAUAUGGUAAUUAAUUAUGACUACUGUUAUGUCAUCCUCUAUAUAUAGCUAUCCGCUCUAGUAUAUGUAAUCUUUGUAAUUAAUUUAGGCUGCUUUAUUCUGAAAGAUGUUGCUUUCUCCUUAAGGA